AUGUCGGUGACACUUUUUGAUGGUACGUACAGUUUCAGGCAAAAUGAGUUGGCAACGAAGGGCAUCCAGCAUGGAGGGCACAAGAUGUCAUCUGAGCAAGCCAAAGCCUUUGAAGCCAGUCCUUUCAUGAUCAAGGCGCGGCAGCAAGAGGAAUACACGUCUCAACUCUCGAGUGAGCGCGACAAGAUGCGCAAGCAGACAGACAAGGAGUUUCAGCCUUGUGAUGAUGACUUCACGGCAGCCAAGGCAUUUGACUACGACAAAGGCAUCAACUACUACACGGUGCUGGGAGUGGACGAGUACGCACCUCUGGAAGAGAUCAAAAAGGCGUACAAGAAGCUCUCGCUGCUGUAUCAUCCUGACAAGACUGCUGGGUUGACAAAAGAGGAGCAAGAAGAGCGAGCAAGCAUCUUCAUCGAGAUUAAGAACGCGUACUUGGUGCUCGGUGAUCAGGCACGGUUGCGCACUGGUUUCACGUUAUUGCAGGAUUCGCCAGCAGUUGUCUUGGGGUUUGCUUGCAAGCUACUGCCGCGCUUGCAAGCUUUGGUGGUCUUGGCAUAUGCUUCGUGGCCACCUUGGCUCAACCUAUGCCCACAUGCUGCCUUUAGUCCCCCCAGGACAUGCUGGGAGGCAUAUUCUCUGCUUGAAAUGAAGAUUGUGGCGACGCUUUUGCUGCUGCAGCAUGCGCAGUUCUUCUUAGCGUCUGGCAAAAAACAUCGGAUUGCAAAUUUGGCACUGGAUAAUGCCUUCCCGCGUCCGCAUCCCGUGCUGCCGAACUGGCGUGCUCGCAUAGCCCAGCUGCGGGGACAUGUUCUGCCAGCGGAAAGCUCGGAGAAUGUGAGGCUCCAAGAGCAAAGGACUCAGGAGCACAGCAUAGUCCCUGCCCCACAGUCGGUGGUCUUCAUGACUGGCGCGUUGUCUCUGCCUCGUGGUUCGGCCGUGCUCAUCAAAGGAGGCACCGAAGAAGAUCAAGCAGCUUUGAAGCAGAACGUCUUGAAUCUUGCUGACCUAUCUGCCACAUCCAGUGCCAGCCUGGUGAUUGAGCUCCUGACCGAGCCUGUGAAAGCUGAUGGCAUACAGAAUGAGGCUUACAGCCUGGAUGUCUCAGACGGAAAGAUCAGCCUCAAGUCAGCCACCAGCCACGGGCUUUUCAACGCAAUGAUGACGCUGCGCCAGGUGAUCAACUGGAAUGAGAACACAGUUUCCAUUCCCGAGUUGCAUGUGGUGGAUGCGCCGGCCCAUGAGUGGCGGGGCUUGAUGCUGGAUGUUAGUCGCCACUUUUUCUCGGCCGAUGAGGUCAAGCAUUUGCUGCGCACCAUGGCGAUUUUCAAGCUGAACCGCUUCCACUGGCAUUUGUCAGAUGACCAAGGCUUCCGACUCCCAAUCGACAAAUACCCCAAGUUGACAUCAGUAAGCUCUUGGCGAGACUCAACACAGGUGGGGCAUAAUGCCUGGCGUCAGGACCAUCAACGUUAUGGUGGCUCCUACACGAAGGAGGAGGUGCGAGAGAUCAUGCGACUGGCCGGGUCUUUGCACAUCACGGUGGUGCCUGAGACAGACCUACCCGGCCAUGCCGAGGCCAUUCUGGCUGCGUAUCCUGAGUUCAGCAACCAGGACGCCGUAUUUGAGAAGGCAGAGGUGAUGAAGACGUGGGGCGUCUCAAACUUUGUAAUGGCCCCGAACGAGAAGACCUUCAGCUUCGUCUCAGACCUGGUGCGUGAGGUUUCGGAUCUGGUGGACUCAAAGUACUAUCAUGUGGGCGGGGAUGAAGUGCCGUCCACUCAGUGGGACCGUUCCGCAAGCGCGAGGAGCUACGAGCAUCGGAAUCAUUUGCAUUCCACCCGGGAGAUUGCGGGCAUGUUCACCAAGAAGGCCAUCGACACGGCGAACGAGCUGGGUCGAGCGGGAGUGGUUUGGGAUGAAGCCCUGAGUACCGGGGUCCCGCUGCCGCGUGACAGCGUGGUGAUGAUUUGGCGGGACUGGGACAACGUGCCGUCCAAGCUGCGCCUGGCAGAAGCGCUGGGCCUGCCUGUGGUGAUGUGCCCACACAGCGCCACAUACCUGGACUUCGCGCAAGGCCCCGCGGACCCCUAUGACUCCCAGCAAGACAUCGUGGACCUGCACAAGGUGUACAACCUGCAGCUGGACGGUCAUGGUGCACAUGUCUUAGGAGGUCAGGGCCAGCUGUGGAGCGAGUUUAUCAGUCGCGGGCUGGGUGACCUUGACUUCAAGGCCUGGCCUCGAGGUGCAGCCAUCGCUGAAGCCACCUGGAGCGGUUCGCGACGGCCUGGCUAUGAAGACUUCAAGCGGCGCGUCAGGGCUCGAGCGCCAGACUUUGAGCGGCUGGGGAUUCACUUGCAGGGUGCCACGAGGCGGCAGUACGACCGGGACCGGGACUUCGCCACAGCUGGCAGCCAGGUGAAUGGCUAUCAGAAGCGGAAAGAUCGCGCUCCCUUUGAUGCAACAGAGAUGAUGAAGAAGAUCCAAGAGCACUACAAGCCGCCAGGGCAGGAGAUUGAUGUCGAGGUUUUCUGCAAGCUGGAGAAGUUCUUCUACGGCGGCGCCAAACGAGUAGUCAGGAACCGACGGGUCAUUCGGGACUUCCAAGAGUUCUAUGAAGACAAGCAGUUUCGGAUAGAUGUGCCCAAGGGCGCUGAAGAAUGUUGGGAAAUCAAGAUGAAGGGCGGCGAUAUGCACCUGCAAACGCAGACGGACAUGUUGCGCUUCGUUCUGAAGUCCAAGCCUCACAAGGCGCUCGAGCGUCGCGGCAGCGACCUCUACGUGACGAAGGAGUUGAGAUUACGACCCGAUGCUCACUUACAGCCUGUCUUGAGCGCAGCUGUCAAUACUGUAGACGGGCGAAGUGUUUUCUUGUGGGGGCAGAAUCCGCUCUACUCCCAGGCGGCAUCCUCCACUUCCCUCUUGAAGGUGUCAAUAGAAGGAGAAGGAAUCGGCGAGAAAGGCCAGCUCCAUUUUGCUGCGCGGGUUUCGAGACCCGGGAGCCACGAAACCCUCGUGGUGAAGGUCCAUACGACCCACACGAAGAUCAGCUUCUUUGUUGGAGUCAGGACACCAGCGACAGUGGAGGACCUUCAAGAGUCCAUUCGAGAUAUUUUGCAGUGGCCGGAAGACCAGCCGGUUUUGCUGAGGAGGCGCUCGGAGGAAAAGCAAGAGCUCUCCUCCCUGGAGGAGGAGGUUCUUCUUGACUGCACUGCACUGCGAGUUGCCGAGGUGCCCAUGGCUCCCCGGCGCUCCCGUGACCUGCUGGCGGCCGUGACUGCUUUUGCUGGCACGGAGAGCUUUUCUGAGGGCCUCAGCAGCUGCUUGCAAGCCGCCGGCACUGCAAGACAUGAAGGGCUCUUGCGCAAGCUCUGGGAGCCGGCCAGUCACAGCGCCUUGUUGUGCGGCUACGCGCCGACGUUAGAGGGUCUUUGGGCGGCCACGGAGCGGGCGCUUUGGGUGCUGCGGGAGGAGGUGGACGCGGAGGUGCUGCAGGGCCGCCUGGCUCAGCUGGGGUUCCGCGCCCGGCGCCCGCUGUCGCCGUGGAUCCCGCGGCGCCGGAAGCUGCCGCGGGAGGAGAUGGAGGACUUCCUGAUCCGCAACGCGCUUGGGCCGCCCAGCUGGGCCCAGGCGCUGCCGGACCCCGGCUCUGAGACCGAGCCGGAGGAGGAGGCCGUCGAUUUCCAGGAGACCCGAGCAAGGCGACAGCGCGAGCAGGAGGAGGAGAGAAGCUGCCUGCGGAAGUUUUUGCUCCAUGGGGCCUCACAAGCAUCCACUUCACGGAAGAGAGCCGGGCCUUUUGGUGCGGCGGCGCAUCCUUUGAUGCUGCGAAGAGCAGAGCACCGUGCGCGGCUGUCUGCGGAGUGCUUACUGAAGCUACGGCCACUCUUUGCUGAGCCAAUGCAGUUAGUCACCAAGCCGACCUGCUUCCUGCAUUUCUACUCGAACCUAGGGCAAGAGCAUUGCCAGCACCCAGAUCAUUUGCAGCCCACGCCAGUUUUUGCAGUCGCUGUUUGCUGCCCGACUGGCGCUAAGCGCGCCGGCAGAGAGGAGUGGAUGCGCUUGAGACACUCUUUGAUGCCGCUCCUGAAGCAGGGGCCCAUCGUCUUUCUGGCACAAGCUCGGCAGCUGCUGCCUCGCCAGCUGCUGGCGCAGCCAGCCGUGGCUGAAUACCAGUCAACUACCGGGGUGUCUGUGACCUCAGGGCAGGGCCCGGAAGCGGAAGCGGACGGCGAGUCGAGCGACGAGGAGAAUGGGGCUGAGGCCGCGGAGGUGAUCCAAUUGGCCAGACAGCGUCUUGUGGAGCGCGCGGGGGGCGACGUGGACUUCGAUGACUUGGACAUCCUCGACGAGCUCGAGGAGGCAGCUGCGGCCAUCCGCCGCGAGCUGCGCGAGCAGCGCCGGUGCCAGAAGGCGGCCCGCGAGGCCUCGCGCAGGCAGCUGGAGUUGGAGGCGAAGGCCAAGGCGAAGGCGCAGGACAUGCCAGAGAGCGAUUCGAGUGAUGCGCAGCCCCCGUGGCUUUGGAAGCGGCUCGCCACAGGCGCUUUCAAGCGCGGCGACUACUACCAAGCCCAGCACUACUACACAAAGGAAGCAAGCUGUUACGGUUUGCCGCCUUUCACAGCCUCUUCUUUGUUUCCAGAUGAGGGUGACCGGCAUGCUGUCAACGGCGACCUUCCCGAGUGUCACAAGGACUUGGCCACUGCCCUGUCGAACCGCGCGCUGUGCUUCCUGCGGCUGCGACACUUUGAGGCUGCGCUGCAGGACGGGCGCCGGGCGGCGGAGUUGUGCCCCACCUGGGCUCGGGCCUGGAGCCGCGUGGGCGCCGCUGCGUCUGCUUCCUCCGUGUCCGAGGCGUGCGAGGCCUGGCGACGGGCCGUGCAGCUCGAGCCCUGCGCAUCGCACCUGGAGGGUCUGGAGGCAAUGUGCCGCCUGGGCGGGCAAGGCGCCAACAAGGAGAACGGCAACGAGGCCAUGCGCGCAAGGGACUGGCACGGGGCCAUCGCCUGCUUCACGGAAGCGCUGGCGGCCAUUCCGCCGCAGUCGGACGCCAAAGACGGCUACAGCCUUCUUAGAUGCAUUUUGCUCUCCAACAGAUCGGCUGCAUUGGCCCGAGCUGGCCGCUGGACACAGGCCACCUUGGAUGCCGAGAGAGCCAUAGCAGAAGAGCAAACCUACCCCAAAGCGCACACGCGCCUGGGAGUUGCCUUGCUGGGAUGUAGAGAAAAUGAGAAGGCAUAUGUGGCAUUUGCAGCAGCACUCAAAGUGGAGGAGAGAAACCAGGCAGCCAGCAAGGGCAGGCAAGCGUGCUUGCAACUCAUUCCAAGAUGGCAAUCUUCAGCUGCCAACUCGCGGUCUAGACGAUUUUGGCGGGAUACUUGUAGGCCGAAGGGCAGCAGUCGGGUCUACCUUCUCUCAGAGCUUCGCUUUGGCCACGCUUCCAAUGAAUCAUGGGUGCACGGCAUUCACGCGACCAAGUUCCUGGAUGAUGUCUUGAUCCUCACCGGGAACGUUGCGGACUCGCUUAGGGCGCUGGAACGAGCACUGACAGCCCUACGGCCAAAAUUCCGGCGCAUUUUCUACACACCUGGCAACAACGAGAUGUGGAUUACUCCAUUGGAAUCGCAGAUGUGCCGCGCUAUCAAAAGGUCCUUUUUUUCCGCGCUGAAUGGUGCAUCACAUGAUUGUCCGCCCAGGUUUCCAGAUUCCCUUUGUAAGCUUUGGGCGAUCCUGGAGCUUUGCGACCGGCUUGGCGUGGAUGUCAUGCCGGCUGCAGUCUCAGAAGGAGUCUACGUGGUUCCAAUGUUUUCCUGGUACAAUCCAGAAUUCGACGUUGCAGACCCGUAUCCAGACCCACAGUUCCAGCAUGACAAGCAUGCCAAGUGGCCGAUGGAUCCCAUGCAUCAGGUCUGGCGAUACAUGCUGGCGCUGAACAGAACUGCGCUGCAGAAACCGUACCAUGGGACGGUCAUCACUUUCUCGCACUUCGUGCCACGGAGCUCUCUGCCGGUCGCGCGGGAGUAUGGCGGGGCGAAGGUGUCCGGCUGUGCGGAGCUAGAUGAUCAGCUGCGAGAAGCGAGGAGCUCUUGCCACCUCUAUGGACACGUCUUCAAGAAUUAUUGCAAGGAAAUCGAAGAUGUGGUCUAUGUGAAUUAUGCGCAUCAAGGUGGUGGGCAAGAUGAGCCACUGCCGUGCAUUUUCAACGGAGAGAGGCUUUGCUGUGAUAUGGUUGCUGUGCACUAGGCAUGCCUGAAACAAAUACCGUGUGCCGCCUUCGGGGCAAAUCCACGUGUCCCGAAAGUUUUGAUCCAUUUCAGAGAUUCUCCUGGUUGGAUAAGCAGGGUCUUUUGCUGAUGCGUGGACUGCGAAGCAGGCAUGCGUCUAUUGGCUCGGGAUCGUCACCCGAUAUUUCUUCGCACAGCAACUCAGCAACACUUGCUUGAAGACUCGAACAAACAAGCGUGCACCUGGCAGCAAGAGGAUUCCAACGGGCGCAACGCAAAUAAUUCAACCAGCUGCCACACCGACUGACCAAUUUGGGAGGUUGCGCCAUGUGAUUUUCUGGGACAGGCGAGCCUGAGACUGGCGCCUGUCCCAAUGUUUUCCGAUGGCCCGCACUCAGCAAAGGAACUGAGGUACCGGCCCUGGACAUCUUCCGACGUAGGCAUAGGCUAUGCGAUUACAAGCAGGCCGCAAGCAGAGUCUUCCAGCGCCAAGAGCAUCC